GGAGGUAGUAGCUUACUCGUGUUAGCAAUAAUAUAUAUAGCCACGUGAUGUAUCCAUAGCGAAAAGCACAGCUCCACGAUUUGGACCCUCGAUAUAUCGAGAAGCGAAACCACAAACAUCGAUCGAUGGCGAGAGGUCGACGACGCUCCAGGCACCGUCGCGGCGUCAGUAGCAAUCAAACCAUCGAGUCCUCGUCGUCUACUUGCGCCUCUCUUGAUGCGUGCGUCUGCCGUGGCCAAAAUCAUCAGUCUCCAGUGCACGCGCCGGCACCCUGGACUGACCUGCCGGCAGACCUGCUCCGCGACAUCUCCGGCCGCCUGCGUGACGUCGCCGACUACGUCCGCUUCCACGCCGUCUGCAAGGCAUGGCGCGACACAGCGCCCGAUGCGACCCUGACGACGAAGCAGCCCUCCUUUCUACCAUGGCUCCUCGCGCCCAACAUCAAGGACCUCAAGUUCAGAUGCGUUUUCUCCAGGAAAACCUACCGCGCUGCGCCGCCAUCCAGCCACCGGGACUUGGUGGCUAGCGUCGAGGGCGCCGCCGUCUGGUAUUUGGUCGACGAUGGCCUGUGCCCUACUCUCCGUGACAUCCUCACCGGAGCCGUCGUCAAGCAUCUCCCCCCUUUCCCCAAGGAAAUCAAAGAAUGCAUCAGCAAGGGGACUGCCAGUAAUUAUACACUUGGGCAUGGCCUCCACAGCAUCGUCUACGGUGACGGCACCGCACUUCUCUACGGCCUGUACGAAACCGACCAGGAGGACGACGAGCUUAUUGCCAACUUCUGGGCAGCCCUCCUGCCUCCCGGAGAAGCCACGUGGACGGUCGUGGAGAGGACGCUUGAAUGCCCGGACAUUACCAACUUCUACGUCACGUAUCACCGUGGAAACAUAUUGGUCACCGGCGGGCCUGACCUGUGGCACGCCGUGACACCGGACGAUCACCAAGGCGUUCGAGAUGUGGUGCUGCCGAGCCCCUGGAUGCCAGGGGAGCACCGGGACUACUUAGACAUGUACAACUACCUUCUCGAGUCCCACGGCGAGCUUCUCUGGGCAUCGGUUCACGUCCGCAAAGAUUACAUGGAUUAUUGGCGGCGCCGCGGUGAGGCCCUUGUCUCUUGCCUGGUCGGCGCUCUCUCGGUGUCCGUUCACGCACUAGAGGGGGAGGCGCCGGAGAAAAUGCGGUGGGUGAGGAAGGAUGGCAAGAGCCUAGCUAACCGUGUCCUAUUCCUGGGGUGGCCCAACAGCUUCGCCGUGGAUGCCUCGCGGCUAGGUGGUGAUGCCGUGUCCGCUGGAUGUGCAUAUUUUGUCUACAACAUAGAGAACGACAUGCCGGGUCGGUCGUGUUAUGUGCUUAGGUACAAUCUCCUCAAAGACAAGACCAAAUUCGUGGAGCAGUUGCCUGAUGGAUGGGACGAUGAUAUGUGCAUGUGGCUCUUCCCCCAGCCUGCCGUUGCUCCAAACCAGGAAAUCAGUGAAAGGUGUGAUAGUUCAAUAUGGUGGAAGAGGAAAAACCAACAGAGGACUACAACUCCAAAAAGCACUAUUCACAUGGAGAGACCUCGGCAACAACAUUACAAGUCUUAUUUCACGGUGAUUGUAAACAACCUGCCUCGUAGGGUGAAUAACUUUCAGCUGCGUCGGUUCUUCAGCCAGCACGGUAAGGUGUCCCAAGCUAAGGUGAGAUGUAAGAAGAAGACCAAUAUCUCAAAGGGAUUUGGGCAUGUGACAAUGGAGAUGGUCGAGGAACAUGCUAAUGCUCUUGCUACACUUGACGGACUGGUUUUGGGUGGAUGCAUCCUUGAAGUGAGCAUCAUGAAGGUGAUGUGGAAGCCGGAACAACAUGUGAAUUUUGUCGGGUCGGGAGAGUAUAGUCUUGACCAUUAUAUAUAUAUUGGUUUGGGACUAUUACUUUUUGCUUUUGUAAUGUUGUGGAAGAUUAUUUAAUUACGUGAAUUGUACUCCUGGAAAAGUAUCACAGAUGACUCGGUCAAAACUAGAGCCACAUUUUAUGCCUUCAUCUAAGAUAUCCCAUAUCCCCCACCCCAUCUUGUCGUCCAGAAUUGUGAUGCCUUUCCUUGGAUCUUUAGGAAGUUUUAAGAGUUAUCUCACCAAAGACUCUGCUUUGUAGAUGAAAGGAAACAUUUUCCACUGCUUUUUGAACCAUCUACGACGAUGGUUUAUGUA